AUGGACAACAAGAAAAUCCAAGACACGCUGCGCAAGCAGUAUGAUGCGUUAUCCACACUAGACGAUGAAGGUGUGGAUAGGAUGAUCCGCCAGUCAGAAGAGUUUAUGGACGGAAUAGCACGACUGUUGCUCGAGCAGGCUGGCCUUGGUUCGGGGACCACAACGAGCUUUGACCUUGUCGACCACGCUUGUGGCACAGGCCCAAUCGCUGCUCGUCUACAAGAGACGAUCCAACCAGACGUGCUGAGGCAGAGCAGGAUUCUCUGCGCAGACGUCAAUCAAGCGUUUGUUGACAUUCUCACAAAGCGUGUGCGGAAGCUCGACUGGAUCAACGUUGAGACGAAGGUUUUGGAUGCUCAGAACUCAAGUAUAGCCAGCGGCGAGUUCGACUACAUGACGCUCAACUUCGCACUACAUAUUAUCCCAGAGCCUGAAGCUGUGCUGCGAGAGGCCUGUCGCGUCCUGCGCCCAGGCGGGACUCUCGCAUUCAGCGUCGUUCAUGCUGAUACCGGCGUCGCGGGUGGGUGGGUGCCCGAUCUACGGUCAACGCUCAAGACACUGCCUUUCAAGACUCCCCUCCCCAGUCCGGUGCAGAUGGCAGUCCAUGGCAAGCCAGAAUGGGUUGACCCAGAAGGCAUCAAGAAGGCUCUGUCGUCGCAUGGCUUUGUUGAUAUUGUAGUAAGGACUACCAGCACCCCUCAACACGUAAAAGAUCCCGAGGAUUUCGCGACGAAGUUCUCCAUGAUUUUCAAGUGGAUCAUGGACACGUAUUGGACUGAGGAGCAGAUCGCGGAGUAUCAGGCUGGGUUUCGUGACAGGGUCAUUGAGCACCUGACUGAGAAGCACGGGAAUUCUGGGUGGGACCUCCAGGGAACUGCAAUUCUUGCGACGGCGAAGACGCCUCAAUAG